AUGGCCGCACGACCGCUCUCCCCGCCGCCGCCGGCCGACGCUUCGUCCCUGACGCCGCCGUUUUUCGCCGACGACGACGACGACAACAACGACCAUGACCACCGCAUGUCUCACGAGUCGCUGUCGUCCGUCUCGACAGCCAGCCUCAUCCUCGAGCGCAUCAGCGAGCGUGCCGACAUUGAGUCGGCUGCCAACGCAUCCAGGUCCUCGCGCAAGGGCAGCACACAGGACAACGCCGGCAGCCCCGGCCGUUCCCAUCGCGACCGGCUGUCCGACUUUGACGACGACGACCCACUCAAGGACGAGAACAGCGCCGACUACGAUCUCGAGACCGGGCCGUUCCUGGGCGGGACCAACAGCAACAACAGUGCCAACGGCCAUGGCGCAGACGCCAACCACCGAGACCGAGAGCGAGACCGAAACGGCGCGGCGGACGGAGACAGCCCGUCGUAUACCAAGUCCGUCCGUUACACCAAAAUGGACCCCGGCCUGCGGCGGCUGGUCCUCAUCUUCACCGCCGUGAUUGCCGUCGCCUGGUUCGGUGGUCUCGCCAUCUACGUGACCCACCACUCCUACUUGCACGGCUCCAACUACGAGCACGACCCGAUGGCCACGGCAGCACGCGGCAGCUUGCGCAAGAUUACGCGCGCCCAGCUGGCCGAGGGCUACUUUUCGCCCAAGCGCGCCAGCAUCAAGUGGGUGGGCGGCCCGGCCGGCGAGGACGGCCUGCUGCUCGAGACCAGCCGCGACGUGCCGGGCAAGGUGUUUCUGGCGGCCGAAGACGUGCGCAGCCUGGCAGGCGGUGCCGGUGCUGACGUCUCGUCCAGCUCCACCUUCUUCAGCCGCACCCUCGUGAAAGACGCCGCCUUCCAGUACGGCUCGACGCGCUACGUCAUCAGCACGACGCUGCCCAGCAAAAACAUGGCCAAGGUGCUACUAGGCGUCAACACCAAGUCCAACUGGCGGCACUCGUCGACGGCGUCCUACUUUGUCCUGGACGUGGCCUCGCAGGCGGUCGAGCCGCUCGUGCCCGGCGAGCCCGACGCGCGCGUCCAGCUGGCGCAGUGGAGCCCCGCGAGCGACGCCGUUUCGUUUACGCGCGACAACAACUUGUUUCUCCGGCCGGUGCCCGCCGACGCCAGCCUGCUCGCCGCGAGCCCCGUGAAGCAAGUCACCACCGACGGCGGCGCCGAGCUGUUUUACGGCGUGCCCGACUGGGUGUACGAGGAAGAGGUCUUUGCGGGCGCCAGCGCCACGUGGUGGUCGCCCGACGGCCAUUACCUGGCGUUUCUGCGCACCAACGAGACCGGGGUGCCCGAGUACCCGGUCCAGUACUUUAUCGAGCGGCCCAGCCUGACCGACCCGCUGCCGGGCGAGGAGAACUACCCGGAGGUGCGCCAGAUCAAGUACCCCAAGGCCGGCGCCCACAACCCUGUCGUCAACCUGCAAUUUUACGACGUGGCCAAGGGCGACGUCUUCACGGUGCCCGUCUCGGGCGACUUUGCAGACGACAACCGCCUCAUCACCACGGUGCUGUGGGCCGGCCCGCACAAGGUGCUCGUCAAGGAGACCAACCGCAUCAGCGACGUGAUGCGCGUCGUGGUGGUCGACGUGGGCGCGCGCACGGGCCAGGCCGUGCGCACCGUCGACGUCGGCCAUAUCGACGGCGGCUGGUUCGAGAUCUCGACGACGACGCGCUAUGUGCCCGCCGACCCGGCGCGCCAACGGCCGGACGACGGCUACAUUGACACCAUUGUCUACAACAACGGCGACCACCUGGCGUACUUUACGCCGCCCGAGAACCCCGACCCCAUCAUGCUCACCACGGGCCCGGACUGGGAAGUGGUCAGCGCGCCGUCCGGCGUCGACCUCGAGCGCAACCUGGUGUACUUUGUUGCCACCAUCCAGGGCGCGACACAGCGCCACGUCUACAGUGUCGACCUGCACGGCGGCAGCGGCCCGACGGCGCUGACCGACACGUCGGCCGAUGCCUUUUACGCCGCGUCCUUUUCGGCCGGCGCGGGCUACGUGCUGCUCGAGUACCGCGGGCCGGGGAUUCCCUGGCAAAAGGUGAUUAGCACACCGGCCGCAGCCGCGGCAGCAUCGUCGUCCGGAUCGACAGCGGCCUUUGAGCACAUGCUGCAAGACAACGCCGAGCUGGCGGACCGUGCGAAAAAGCACGCCCUACCCCUUCGCGUCUACGGCACGCUCGAGGCGCCCGGCUACGAUGCCGGCGACCCGCCUGUGCAGCUCAACUAUGUCGAGCGCCGGCCGCCGCACUUUGACCCGCAUAAGACGUACCCGGUGCUCUUCCAGCAGUACAGCGGCCCCGGGUCGCAGGAGGUCAAGCACGAGUUCCGCGUGGAUUUCCAGGCGUACGUGGCCGCCAGUCUGGGCUACGUUGUCGUGACGGUCGACCCGCGCGGCACGGGCUACAUGGGGCGCAAGAACCGCGUGCUCGUCCGCGGCCGCAUCGGCGUCGUCGAGGCCCACGACCACAUUGCGGCGGCCAAGCACUGGGCGGCGCUGCCGUACGUGGACGCCAAGCGCCUCGCCAUCUGGGGCUGGUCGUACGGCGGGUUCACGACGCUCAAGACGCUCGAGCAGGAUGCUGGGCAGACGUUUUCGUACGGCAUGGCGGUCGCGCCCGUGACCGACUGGCGCUUCUACGACUCCAUCUACACGGAGCGCUACAUGAACACGCCGCAGGCCAAUGCGGCCGGUUACGACGCCAGCAGCGUGCAGAACGCGACCGCGCUCGCGCAGAACACGCGCUUCCUCGUCAUGCACGGCGUCGCCGACGACAAUGUGCACUUUCAAAACUCGCUGGCGCUGCUGGACCGCCUGGACCUGGCGGGCGUCAGCAACUACGACGUGCACGUCUUCCCGGACAGCGACCACGGCAUCUACUUUCACAACGGCAACACGAUUGUCUACGACAAACUUGAAAACUGGCUCAUUAAUGCCUUCAAUGGCGAGUGGCUCAAGGUCAACGAUGCAAAGCCCGUGGACAACAAGGAGAAGAAGCGGCAAGCAGUCGGCCAGCCCGUUGCGUAG